GGACUACAAGCCAUUCGUACAGUUGAUUCGUGAUCACCCAGCAAGAAAGAAAGAUUCACCUGAGAAGACUCUAUUAUAUAUUUUCUAUAUUAUUUAUUUUUUUGUUGAAAGCAGAUGCGAUAAAUCCGACGUCUUAACAUUGCCAUGAGCCUAGAAGAUUGUAUUAUCGAGAUCUUUUGACAAUUACAGAAAUGUAAUUCUAAACAUUGAAUCAUUUCAAUAAAUUAUACAACGUGAUCAACCGAAAAUUAUCUGAGUGCGGAAACAAGUGAGACAAUCCUGUGGCAACCGUCCAACAAUGUCACGAGCAUCCUGACACAGAACCGAUAUUUUAUUUGCUCGUAGAUUUUUCAAACAUCCGGUGACGCGUAUAUCUCUUUACGGCAUCGCAAAAGAAGAGGAACUUCUCGACAAUCGAUCACGAAAAGUCUAAAUUGACGACGAUGCUAAAGACUCACGAUUAGUGUGCCCGCGCAAAUUUCUUUCUAAAACGCGCCUCGUCGAUCUUUACUGUGAACAUUUAUAGGAUAAGAUGAGAAGUAAAAUGCAUUUGCUAAUUGUCACUUUGUUUCUAUUAUCCGCAAUCUAUGCCGAAGAGAUAUCUACUGGUAUACCAAAUGAUAACGUAGAGGAAUCAAUCCUCCGAGUAAGAAGCUUGCCAACGACGACCGAUGUGAUUGAAAAGAAUUGGACCAGCCUGUCAGAGGCGCUGGAUGUUUUCAGUGCGCGUAAUUUAGUAAAAAAUUGGGUCGAAGGAAAAUACACCAUCGGGGUGCAAUGCGGCAAAGAUAUCACGACGUAUGUCGAGGCUUUAAAGAAUGAAGAAUUAUGGGCUCUUAAAAUGGACGACGCAUCGGGCAGAUUCACCAAUGGAUACUUUUGGGGUAAUUCAUAUUUUACUGGAUCAGCCACCGAAUGCGAGUACAUAGGUCAAGAUUACAGUCGAAGAAAUCCGAAAAUCGGUGCAGAGUCAUCGAUCGAGGAGGUACGAGAAUUUAAUGCUGAGCCACGAAAACUAAUCAACGCAGGCCUCAGCGGAACUAAUAUGUGGACUCAGACAGACUCCAUUCAAGCACCACCACCUUAUCGUCUAGGAUUCUAUAUGAUGAGACUUUCUGUAAAUGCGACUCGAUAUACAACAACAAGAGUGAUUCAUCUGGGUGUUUGUCUGCCAUUUUCGUGCUUUGCCUCCGACGUCGCCGUGAUCGGAAAACUCGCUGCGGGCGAAUUUGCGGCGAAGCAUUCGUCGAUCGAAAAAGUCAGAGAUCAACACAAUUUAUAUGACAUGUAUACAGAUCCGGUCUUCUGGAUUUUAACCGCUGUCUGCAUGAUUGCCUUGAUUCUGAUGAUUCUCGGCACCGGAUACGAUUAUUAUCUAUCGAAUGUAGUAAUCCGUAAGAAAAACGUAAUCUACGAUUUGGAGAAGCACGGGAAACUUGAUCAUCUCACCAAUAGCAACGGAAAAGCGCUAAAUGCUGUACAAGGUAAGGUCUACCUUCCUGUUCCAGUGGCACAUUCUAGCAGCAAUGAUGUGCAGCCGAUUAAUAAUAACAACGAUCGUGAGAGUGGCUUGCAAUCCACAUCUACCACGGAGGGGCGACAGCUUAGUAUCCCUGAGGAACUUUUGCUUUCGUUUUCCGUUCGUGCCAAUCUGAAGGUCAUCUGCGACCACAAUGUGGGUGGAGACACCAUCAGCACAGUGCACGGGCUCAGAGCGAUAUCGAUGGCCUGGGUUAUCCUUGGGCACACGUGCAUCGUUCUUUUCAAGUAUUCGGACAACAUGGAGUAUCGUAAAGUGGUGGAGAAGAAGCUUCUUUUUCAAACUAUAACGAAUGGAGCCUUCAGCGUCGACACUUUCUUCUUCAUGGGCGGUCUGCUAGUGAGCUUCCUAUACUUCAGAACCAAUGCCAAGGGUGACUUGAAGAGGCUCACGCAGGGCACGCGAGGCUUCGUCGCGGGCACCCUGAAGUUCAUCGGGCUUCUUGUGUACAGAUUCAGCAGACUUACCGCGCCGUACAUGUUCGUCUUGGGUAUAGUUGAGAUCUCAAUGAAAUAUUUCCACACAAAUUCCGUCUUCGAGCCUCCGACGGCGGAUCAUUACAAUUGUCCUAAUUAUUGGUGGAGAAAUUUACUCUAUAUUAACACUUGGUUUCCUGUCGAGCAAAUGUGUAUGCUUUGGAGCUGGUACCUAGCAGAUGAUACACAAUUCUACAUUGUUGGUGGUGUCAUACUAGUAUUAGCUACGACUCAUUUCAAAAGCGCAGCUUUUGCAUUAAUCAGUUUACUGGUGAGCUCGUGGGCAACUACUGGUUAUAUCGCUUUAGUCAAUAAUCACAUGCCGAGCUCAGAUGAUCCGUUGGCCCUCUUCGACAAGAUCUAUGACAAGCCAUGGACGAGAUUAGGUCCUUAUCUGAUCGGAAUGACCGUCGGCUACUUCCUCUUUAAGACUGAUUGUAAAGUGAAAAUGUCCAAGACUACUGUCGUCGUGGGAUGGCUCCUGUCUUCCGCAUGUCUCUUGAGUUUGCUUUACGGUCUGUAUGAAGCGGAACUUGCACCCGCUACAGCCGCUGCGUAUUCUUCGUUAAGUCACAGCGCGUGGGCAUUAGGUUUAGCAUGGAUUGUAAUAGCAUGUAGCACUGGCUACGGAGGAUAUGUAAAUAAAAUAUUAUCGUGGCCACUUUUGUAUCCAUUCAGCAGAGUGACUUAUUGUGCUUAUUUAGUUCAUCCGCUUGUGAUCCGUUUGACCGCUAUGAAUCUAGAUUCACCGUUUCAUUUAGGAAAAGAUAUAGUGGCUAUAACAUUCAUGGGACAACUAGUGCUGUCUUAUGUGUUUUCCUUCAUAGUGUCGGUCACUUUCGAAGCGCCGGUAGUCAGUAUGCUGAAGAUUCUUUCACCGAAAAAGCGAAGGCGUAUAUAAUAUUGAGAGAUUAAAAUAUAUUUAACUCAUACAUCAUUCGAACAGUUAUUUAUACAAUUUUAUUUACACAUAUUACGUAUGAAUUUUAUAAAAAUCUGCGAAAUAAUAGCAAAAUGUUGUAAACGUAUUACAUAUACACACUGUAUUAACACUUGUUUCAUCUGUCAUAAAUAUGUAACAGCAAUGGAUUUUUUUGUGUAUCUAAAUGUAAAAUAAAUUAUUUCUCUUUUUAUUAUAUGUAAAGUCUGAUAUAGAUUCUGACACAAUAUUCUUACUGUAUGAAAAAAAAAAUAAAUAAAUGCGCGCAUAUGCGCUAAUGAAUUCA